AUGUGCACGCUCUUCAGCGACAACCUCCUUGUUUUCUUGAAGCGCUAUGGAAUCUCACUUUCAAGACCAUACUUUGUCUCGAAAACUCAAGCGGACUCACCGAGUCACAAUCUGCACGCCCGAUCUUCCGACUACCUCUUCCUCCCUGCAAACGAAGUCGCGGGCAUGCGCGCGGUUGUGAAGUGCGGAGCGUCAGCAUCUGAUGCUUCAGCAAGGUCCACAACCCUCGAUCAAUACAAUACCGACGGCCGAAUACAAAAAGAGCCAAUCAGUCUGAUCUAUUUGGGUUUUUCGACCGCAAUCGGACCUCCUUGCAGCGCACUUAACCCUCACCCUAACCCUAACCCUCACCCUAAGUUCAGCCGCGGUGCUGGCAGGGACGUGUUUGGCCCUCCUGCCAGGAACGUUCGGAACGAAGAAGAGAGACGUGGAUUGAAUCCCGCGCCGUUUGCUGCUCACAGUUCGAUACAUUCAUUUCAAUUCGAUGAAUGUAGGUGUUCAAAACAGCGUUUGCAUUGCUCUGAGACCAGAUAG